UGCACAAAUCAGGUAAAUUGCAGAGAGUUACGGUUCUUGAUUUUCCUCUUUACAAUUGGAGGUUGGAAUGUAUCAUAAUAACAUUGGAUACAAAUGGCAGCAGACACACAGUGUAGUUUUCAGUCUUUCCAUUCCACAGUUAAUUGCUCAAAUUUAGAUACUUUUUAUCCAGUUAAUUCAUUUCCUACUUCUUUAACUACAAUUCUGUUGACAGAGUCUGGUUUACUUUUUACAAAAUUUACGGAAUCUUUUAUAAUUUGUCAAAGUCAUCUCAAUGAACUGCAGGAACAGAAUCGUCUGCGAAAGAAAUCUAAGUGUUGUGGCAUUCCUUUACAUCUUUCCUCACAUAAUUUGAAAAACAAAAGAAGAUCGGGAAAAUUGAAAGCUGACAGAUAUUUGACCAGCCAACAAGUGGAAGAGAUAAGCAAGAAAUAUGGUUCAGUCUUGCCAGUUGGUACACCUAUCUGUACAUCAUGCAGAGGAAAAAUCUUUAGAGAUAGCUUAAGUAGCUCUGAUGUUAAUCAAUCAGUUGAAGUAGUACCUGUAAGUAUUAUUGUAUAAACUUACAACAUAAUUUUAGUAUAUAUGAGGGUGUUGGGAGGGGACCUUAUCCCGGGUUUAAAUACAUGAAAUGCAUUGUUUACAAAUUUAAAUCAAUUUAAAUCCAGACAUCCUGAAAUUCGAAAAAAGAAUUCCCUGAUCCCGAAAGGAUCAAU